AUGGCGUUCAUAGAUACUAAAAAAGUAGCAUUUGAAAAUGAAAUGGCAUUAAAUUGUCCUCGAGGACUAGGGGGCGUCCUAAGAUGGAUAAGAGAAAAGGGAGAGGAGGAGGCGUUGCUUCUUCUGCAGUCGGCUGGGCAAAGAGAAAAAGAGGCUGCUGCCGAGGAGGCGAUUUCGCCUCCCCCAUAUUCGGGCUGGAGACAUGGCUCCCCUGGGCAAGGGGAACAACCUCGAGGCGGCGGAGAACGCAGCGCGCUGUAUUCUCACUGUCACUCGGGGUAG